AUGGCCUUCAAGUUCGCUUAUCCGAGCAAUAUGGAGCUCAUUGUGAUUGAAGGAACACCUGGGGAGCACGAAGAGGCUAAGAUGGUCUCAAUCCACGUCGAUCAAGCCAAGAUGAUUGCAAGCAGUGGCUACUUUCGUAGCAAGCUUCACAUCCAUAGGUCGAAGAUGUGGUCCUUUUCGUUCAAUAUGGGGAAAUAUUUUGCCGGGUACCUGGUUGCCCUACUCGCCACCCAUCGCAGCGGUACCGAAGGCCUUCGCCGCCACCUUGUCUGCCAUGGCUAUCGUGCUGCCUUGACACGACGUGGCCGACUGGACCUGAAUGAGGCUUGGGCUGUCAUCAACUGGUACAGACGGCUGAUCCAGAUAUCCACUGGCAGCCAGGCGCAGUAG